CUAUUUUUUAUUUUUAUUUUUUUUCAAUCUAAAUAUAUAUUCUUUGUUUUUCUUAUCUAUAAAAAAAAUCACCACCACAUUGGUGGUCGUCUCGAUUCUCCCUCUCGAAAUCAGAACUGAUAGAGGGGGAGAAUCGGAGAAAGUAUCACGAUGGAUCCAUCCCAUGAUGGCAGAGAACAUCAUCCAAAAGGAUCUUUCUCCUAUGAGCCCUCUUCCCACAUGCACGGUCAUGGUUCACAAUCACCAUCCAUGGCGGCACCACCAAACAUGAUGUAUUACUCACCAGGAAUGGGAUACGAGCCACCUCUCAAAGGUUAUCCUCCAAGAUAUGACCCAUACCCUAAUGACUACCCUCCACAACCUCCAAGAUAUGACCCAUACCCUCCACAACCUCAAGUAUACCAUUACCCCGCAGGCCCAUACUUCAACGAUCCACCCACCCAUCACGACACUGGUGAAAACAAAGCCUUCUAUCGUGGUUUCCUAAUAUGUUGCUGUGUAUUAUUAACCGGCCUCUUCGUUGCCACCCUUGUCAUGGCGCUAAUUAUGCACCCCAAACUACCCACUUACACCGUUAAUUCCCUCUCCGUCGCCAACUUCAACGCCUCUACUACGCUAACCGCGGAUUGGAACACCACCUUCUCCAUUCAAAACGUCAACGACAAGCUUAGCGGGUUCUUAUCCGACUUCAAGGUGGAUCUGUUGCACAAAAACGACGUUUUAGCUAUGAGUUACGUACCCGAUUUCGAGUUGGACAAGAAGGAGGUUAAGCGAAUCGACUCGAAGAUGUCGUCGAUUGGGUUUUCGUUUUUGACGCCGGACAUGCAUGAGAUGGUGAAGGAACAAGCCAGUGGCUCCGUUUCGCUCAUUCUGAGGAUUGCUUCCAUGGUGGAGUUCAAGUCUAGCACAUUUACCACAAGAAUGUCGUUGGUACUAGCGAUUUGUGACGGCUUGAAGGUUGUCUUUCAGAACAAGACCGGUAACGGCGAGUUGGACAAUGAAGGAAAGCCCAUUAGUUGCCAACUUUAUAUGUGAAAAUAUGCAGUGCCUCAUGCUUGGGUAGUUUAUCUCGUAAGCAACAAAUUCGAUUGAAAUUUAUCAAUCGUAUUUCAUUUAUUUAUUCUAUUCGAGAAGUUAUCAUUUAAUAACACCGGUGCAUGCAACAACUCAAUCCUCAACUUGGAGAUGAGGUCCAAAAUGAUGAUACUACUUAUCCAAAAAAUUCAAUUCCUUAACUACGUUCUGUGGGAUGUAUUUCAUUCUAUUAUAUCUUCUAUAAACAAUGGAGGGAUGUGGCCACCUUCAAUGUUUUGACCAAAUAGUAACCAACGUGCUUUGUGUUUGCGUUACACAUAAUAAGAAUCCCAUAAUACAAUGCCAAAAGAGAACACAUUAACCUUUUUUGAGACCUUAUUGCUGCUGCCAUUCAGAAGCUGGUGCCAUCCUAGUUAGUGUGUCCCACGCACACCACCAGUAACCAAAGUAUUUCGCUUAAUUUUUGAUAAGCAAAAAUCACCAGCCUUGCGUAUUGGACGUAAAGGAUCUUUCAAGUUUACAACAAAUUGUCACAUUUUAAGUCAAAAUGCACAGUGUUUUUUGAGUGCAAAUAUUCCACUCCAAAAGCAGCACCCAUUGCAAUUAUCAGCCGCUUGCGAUGAUCAAGAUAUACAUGCCUAAGAGAACCAUCUACCAUAUAUUCUGCCACAGUGGCCAUUGUACCACCUGUUCCAUGCUGUACCACACCAUAAAAUGCAACCACAUUUGGAUGAUGAAGCUUGGAAAAGAAUGUCAGCUUCCCGACAAAACUCCACAGUCAAUCUCUCUUGUUCAGAUGACUGACUCGUGAAGCAGGUCUUCAUUAUUCUUUUAAUAGCAACAUCUGUUCCUCUCCAUUUUCCAUUUCAUCUUCAAUCUUUGCCUUAACCCCAAAUUUUCCAUCUUCUUCCUCAUCAGGUCAUUCCGUUCGCCUCUUCAUUGUACCUUAUAUCUUCGUCCAAUCAUUAUGUUCAUCCUCUCAAGCACACAAUUUCAUCACACAAUAUCUCCAUCUUCACCAACACCUCUUCUUCAUCCACUCCAAUGUUCAACAUCACACACCUAAUUCUCAACCCAAUAUCGUCAAUCAUCUCUCACACAUACCAAACACAAGCAACAUAAAAAACAGCAAACCCCAUUUCAACCGGUAUCCACAACAAGAAAACCCAAUUAAUCAUCACAUUUUCAUCUAGUACCCACAACGAGAAAGAGUAGGAAGAAUGUUGAACAACAAUCGAGGAGGAAGAUUGGUGGUAACAUCGGUGGUGCUGUUGGCUAACAACACAGCUUGGCAGAGGUGUAGUAACGUUGGCGGUCACGUUCGACUCUGACACGAAGGAAAAGGUGAGGUUGCAGCACCCUAGCUUCACGACUUGGGAAGGGAGAUCCAUGGCGGCUUGUGAAACCCUAGGGAUUCGGGAAGAGGAUGCGCUGAGGAGGAAAAGGGGAGCAGCAUCAUCGACUUUAAUGGGCAGCGAGUUGCAGUAGUUUCUUGAAGAAUCCUUCUCCCUGGUGUUGGAGCUUCCUUACUUCCUUUCGAUCUGCGAGUAGCACCACCAGCCAUGCCAUCAUCUGCGUCCGAGGACGUUAUCAAAUGUAGAAGUUAUUUAAACCGGAAUUUGCAAUCUAGUUAAUAUUUUCCAAGUGUAGUUACCGAGCUGCACAAUCCGGUAUAUAAUUCUA